AUGCCGGCCAGAACCAUGCAGGACUGUCCACGCGAGCUUCAGUUGGCUAUUUUUGCCUUGUUGCCCUCAGGUGAUCUUCUCUCUUUGAGCCUGGUCAGCAAAAGCCUUCACAGCUUCGUCGAGCCGCUUCUCGUCGCCGACAUCCAUCUCGAAUGGAAAAAACAACCAGAUCAUAACCUGCCGCCCGUUGCUGCAUUGCUCCGGACCUUCCUCGAAAGUCCUUAUCUCGGCCAGUACUGCCUUAACCUGCGGCUUACUGGCAUGGGCUUCAAGACACACCCCGUGGAGCUACAAGUUGGCGCAGUCGAUGCCCUGGUGGCCCUGCUUAUUUCCAUGCUCCCGAAUUUAAUUUCUCUCGAGCUCGGGCCCAAUUCCACGCUUGAGAGUGCCUGCCUUGGCAAGUUCCUUCGUCAGGCCAUCACCUGCGUCGGAAACAGAAGCAGCUGGUUACCCAAGUUUCCCUCUCUGAAACAUGUUGUUUUCGCCGGUAGGACCAACGAGUUCCGUCACUGCGACUUCAAUAAUGCCGCGGAUGUUCUUCCGUUCUUCUAUUUGCCGUCUCUCCAAACCAUGUCCGUUUCAAUCGACAAUCCCGUCGCUUGGACAUGGCCGCAUUCAGAUAACGCUACGCCUCCUUUGCCAUCCUCUCUGACAUCCCUCGAGCUAUUCAGAUUGCGUGAGACUCGACUAGAACACCGACUUGCGCCACUCAAGUCGCUGAAGAAGUUGCACUGGCAUUGGUUCUACCAGGAGCACUUGGAUAGCCACGCCAGCACGGACAUCGUUGCGCUGGAUGUAAUGGCCCAUGCUCUGUGCCAAGUCCAUGGCACAUUGAUGGAAUUAACCAUUGAGGCUGACACAGAGGCUAACGAGCUCUACGGAGGGUAUGAGGAUCCCGAUGUGGAGACUCGGGGAUCACUGCAUGGCCUCGCCCAGCUUGCUCAACUCAAAUUCCUGCCCAUCCCCUGGGAUUUCCUGAUUGGGUUAUCACCGGAAGAAGUGACAGGAAAGAUGACGCAUCUGGGAGUGUCGCUCCCCUCUGGGCUCGAAGUGCUCGUAAUGACGGGCGAACUGCUCUCUGUUGAGAGUUUUGACUGCCACGAUGGUGUUAUUGUUGGAGCUAUUGAACUUCUGCUUGCCGAGGAAGAAGCGCCGCUGCGGCUCCCACCCCAAUUGAAGCGAAUCAUCUUGCCCUUGCCUUUAUACGUUUAUACUCUCUUACCGGAACUGCAAACUAGAAUUGAUGACUUAAGUGCCCAGUCUGGAAUCAGGUUGGAGCUAGAGAACAUUGGCGAAGAUGGGUCGAUAGAUCAGUAG